UUUCAGAGAAUGUCCCCUUGUCCCUCAUCAUAGCUCUUUACAGAGGUCCUUAAGGGCCACCUCGAGGAACCCAGGCAAUUUUUUUUUUCUCUAAGAAGGUAACAGAGGUAGGAAAAUUACCAGAUCAUGGAGGACAAGGAAGCCAUUAUAGGAAGUAGAAGGCCAAUUGUGGGCCCUCAAGUCAACCAGGCAAUAGCAGGGUCUAGAGAGGGAUGGGGGUUCUGUGCUGCCAACAGCAUCUUCUGUGAAUGGGAACAGUCCAGUCACCAGUGCCAUGUGACAAGCUGCCCAAUCUUGGUGACUCAACAGAACUGUUAUUAUGCUCCCAAAUUCCAUGGGUCGGACCCUUGGAGAGGAUGGCAUGAGAGAGUCCCUACAACAGGACUUCUGGAAAGACAUCAUCACAAGGUGGGGCUUGUGUGGUGGAGACCGCGAAGUGAUCUGGAAGCUUCUUCACUGUCUCCUGUGGUGCCUGGACUGGAGGGCUCCGAACACUCAGCUGGGGCUAGUUGUGGAACCUUUGCACUGUGAUAUGUAAUGACUUGGGCCUCCUCACUGCGUGGUGGCAUCAAAAUGUGUUGGCUUUUCUGAUGGAGGCUCAGAGCUUUGAGAGUAUCUACAGGGGUGAAGGUCAAAAUGUGGAGCCCUUUAUGACAUCACCCAUGCCUGUGGGUCAGAGAUCCUGCAGCAGAGAGAAGAAAGGACAUAGCCCCCGGGCUCCCAGAGGAUUAUGCAUUGGCUUGGACCACAAUUACCUGGCUACAUCAUAUCACAUCACUUGUGGUGUCAGAGGGGAUGUAGUGUGGGGAGACACAUGCAUUUCAAAGGGGUUCAGAGCUUUCCAACUGAGUGCAAACAGAUUUAGAAGUACCCUGAUUAGUUUUGUCUUCUUUGUUUUAUGUGCCCGAAAGCAAACCUGAUAAAAUCGUUCUUAAUAAACCUAAAAUAGAUCUUCUAAUGCAUUUAAUGUACAAGUGCCUUACAGCACACUGCAUUGGAUUGGUGGUGGACUUUCAUUUGUUCUGUUUCAGGAAUUAUUUGAAAUGACAGAGUAUGUUGAACGGAUGGUGCUUUAAAAUCUGGUGUACUGCCCAUCGGCAUAUUACAGUUCUCCUGACUCAAAACCAAGAAAUACAGUGGGGGUCCAAGCCAGAGAUGAACUUUAGCCCAGUUAUCUCUGAGAAAGCCUCUAUGCAAUUCCGAGUUCCACCUCUCUGUUCAGGCCUUCCCAAAGAGCCCCAUCUUGAAAGCUCUCCUACUGUUUCUUUCCUGAGAGUCUAACCCUUCAAAUACAGUAAAAUGGUUAAGUCACCAAGGUUGAGUGGCUUGUCACACAGCAGUGGAUGAUUAGACUGAUCACAGAAGAUGGUGGCAGGAACCUGUCAUCUCCACCACUUCUAGACUUGUCAUUGCCUAGCUGGCUUCAGGACCCACAAAUAGCUUCCGAUUUCCCACCUGGACUUCCUUACAUAUUUCAAAGUGACCCGUGAUCUUGGCCACUUUGAAACACCAUCUCAGUGAACAAAAUGUCUGGAUUCAGUGGCGAGGACAGAGGACUUCCUGUACCAGUACCAUGACUGGAAAAACUACCACGGACUUGGUUUGGACCCCAGAACUUUCUCCUAUGAAGACCAGAACCCAAAGCAUAUGUGGCACCAAAGAAAUUCGGCUCAAGAACCAUGCCAGGCCACUCCUGACAUCUACUUUGUUCUGGAUAAGUCUGCUCACAUGCUGUACGGCUGGCCACACGUUCACAAGUUUGUGCUGGACAUGGUGACGAGGUUAUCAAACCCGGAUCUGCGAGUGUCUAUCAUCACCUACUCCUGUAAGGGCAACGUCAUCUUGCCCAUCACUGGAGACAGAGAAGAAAUCCUCAAGGGUAUUGAAAGAAUGAAGUAUAGCAUAACUGCAGGACAUGAACUCAUUUACCAAGGAUUGUGGAAGGCAAAUAAGCAGAUAAUAAGGGGCAACAGAAGAGGUGCCCAGCACCCCAGCAUGAUCAUCUUCUUGCUCCAUGGCCCUCUGGAUAAUCAGGGCUAUGGGUAUUCGCUGGAUGAGACUAAUGAUACUCGAAGAAUGGGAGGAUACGUUUGCGGUGUGGGUACUGGUCAGUCUGAGAGAAAUCAGAUAAUAGGACUUGCAGGUGGUCAGGAAUAUGCAUUUACAAACAAGAAACCUGAAGAACUGAGUGACCUCAUUAUACCAUUAUCGUCCAAGGCCUGUCCAUCCCUUAAAACUGCAAUUACACGCAUUAUAUGUAUAAGAGAAUCAAACCCAGUGUUACUUGAAGGAUAUGGCUUUGACUUUGCCAGGCGUAAAGAAGACGUUAUCUGCAGGUUCUAUUUUGGUGGCGCAAAAAAGACUAUAAUAGAUUCCCCCCCCAUCAAUAUAACCAAGACAACUGUUACUUGUCCUGGACCAAUUGUAGAUUCUGUGGGAAGAGCGAUCCAUAUUCAACUCAGCCUGGACAAUGGAAAAAACUUUCUGCAUAACCAUUUAUACGUUGCCACUAGGACAUGUGGGAAAAGUCCACUAACUACAGUUAGAUACAGCAGUACUACAACCACUAGGAGAACCACAAUUACAACUACCACCACAACUCCAUCUACUACGCCUACCACGACAACCACCGAAACCACCACAAAGGAACCAAAGCCAAGCAUCGAUAAAUUCAUUUUUGCCCCUGUCCUCCUGGCCCUGCUGCUGCUGCUGUUGCUGAUCGGUUGUUUCUGGCAGCUGUGCUGUGUUCCGCCUGUAGAGGAGCUGCCCCCACCUAAGCCCCAACCACAGCCCAGAGAGAAGAAGCAACCUCCUCCGGUGUCUCCCCCGGUACCCACCAGACCUGUAAACCCACCCCCCAUCAUGAUCAUCUGCUGUUGUACCUGUCGUGGUCUGUAUGUGAGCAGAGACACGAAGGGCAAUGUGACUGUGUGCAACUUCAAUCCCCUAUGCUGCCCUCAGUUGCCAUUGAGAUGGCCUCAGUAUGGUGGCCAGGGGCGGUUUGCCAACUGGGCACUCCUGAAGGGACCCUGCAUCCCCAUGGCCAGUCUGCUUGCUGGACGAGAGCAUCUGCCUUUAGUUUCCUGCUCUCAGUGCCACCGCCUCUCAGCUAACCACUCCAGGUAUUCCUCCAACUUACGGCAGCUUGCUCUUCAUCCUUGGGCUCCCAGAGUUCUACAGUCACUCCCUCCUACAUAGUGGACAUCUCAGGGGCACAAAGUGAAGACUAAGAGGUCUUUGCUGCUACAUUUUGUACAUUGGGGUUAGGAUUUUAAUAAAUGGAAUAAUAGAUUGGAA